AAAACUAUUUUUAAAAUGCUCUAGCCUAGCGUCCUUGGUUACCGAGGAUCCAUGUACCGCACUUGUCAGUAAUCGAGAAAAUGUCAACAUUGUGAAGAGGACAUUGGAUGAUUGGGAAGUGAUGUUGAAGAAUGGCACACAAAAAGGAUCAUGAAUCUAGUGUGAAAAGUGGAUUUUCAUAGAAAUAGACAUCUGAUAAAAAAUAACGAGAGAAGAUGGAUGAAGCGACAAAGAAGUUAUUAUCUGGACAUGUUCGGAUUGAGGAUAUUGACGAAAUUCCAGCACGGACAGUCCGAGUUUUUCUAAAUUCCGCAGGUGUAGACAGCGUGACGGAGAGAAAUUCCAUAGUGGAAAAGGUUUACCCCCAACUCAGGGACCACUGCCGACAGAAGCAUGGGGUGGAGUUCCAGCUGGUGGAUUUAGACUGGGGAGCGGAUCCUAAUGGUGUAAACUUGGACCAGUCCUUUUAUGACUUCCGGCUGCGAGAACUUCGAAGAUGUCAAAUACUUACCGCUGGUCCAAGUUUUUUGGCAUUCAUAGGGCAGAAAUACGGAAAGACAUGUCUACAAUCCUCGAUACCGGCUGAUGAGUUCGAGCUUUUAAGGAUGUGGCUUCAUAAUCAGAAGAGCCGAGAUACCAGAACAGCGCCCCUGUUGGACGAAUGGUAUACCAAGGACUACAACUCCAUUCCACCUGUUUAUUUUCGGAUGAAAGCUGAGCAAAAAAUAAAAGAGUUGUCCUCUAAGGAAAAGUCAGUGUUUAAUGAGGGACUUGCAAAAUGGCGAGAAACUGAGGGAGAAAUAAUGAGAUUAUUGCACAAAGCAGCGGAGGCCUGCUACCUCCAGGGGAUCAUUGACGAAGGAAUUAAACAGAAAUACGUGCUGUCAGCCAUUGAUAACCUUAUGAUCCUGGGAAUCGAUGAAAUAGCAUCACCAGAAAACCAAUGUUUGAUUGCGUUCCGGGAAAUAGCUGAUCUUAGAAAUUACGUGAACGAUCCUCUGGCGGAAAAGUUUGCAGAUAUUUUUUUCAACGAAAGAACGGACCAAAAUGAAAUAGACCCCGUUUCAACUCAUCUCAUAAAAACCAUGUCAGAUCGAAGCCGAAAAUUAGUUACAGACAAGAACACCACUUUUUACAGUGUUCUCUGGCGAUAUGAUGACGUCAUCAGCCCAAUACACCACAAAGAAUAUCUGUCAAAGUUAUGCUCUGAUUUAUCGUCUGCUUUAAAACAAUUGAUUGACAAAGAUGUUCCUAAAACUAUAUUUGAUGAAAAAGAUGAAGUUUUUGACGAGUGCCAUCAGCAUUGGCUACGAUGUAAACACUUGUCAGCAGACUUCCAUGGUCGUGAUUCGGAGUAUGCUAAAGUUGUCGAGUACAUACAAGGGUCAACUGAAACGCCAUUGGUCAUUCACGGCGCUACAGGAGAAGGAAAAACGGCUCUACUGAGUAAAGUUGCAUCUCAGGUGCAUGAUUUAAUACCAACAAACCGGAUUUGUAUAAUGAAGUACGUGGGAUAUACCCCAAAGAGCUCGGAUGUUAGAACUUUACUUACCUCAAUUUGUACGCAAAUUCUCGUGGGAUUAGGUCGAGAUCACAUGUCUAUCACUCGAGACUUCAAAGAGCUCCAAAAGUUCUUUUUAUCUCUUCUCCAGUCAAUUCCCCAAAACAAAAAACUCUUGAUUUUUCUGGAUGCAGUUGAGCAAAUUCUUCCCGACCACAAUGCGCAUUUGCUGACAUGGCUCCCCCAAACCCUCAUGUCAAACGUUAAGAUCAUUCUCAGUGUGAACUCAGGGGACAACACAAUUGCACAAAAAUUAUGCAACGGAGCUGACAAAAACUCCAGAUCUUUUGUAGAGUUGAAACCUCUUUCAGUCUCAGAGGCAGACGACUUGUUGUGUUAUUGCCUUAACAGAUACGGUCGUACGCUCUCAAAUCAGCAAAGAAGUGCAUUGACCAAUGUAUUUCAAAAGUGUUCACAACCUUUGUUUGUGUCGUUAUGUGCAGAAAAGUGUAAAUGUAUUCAUUCAAACGAUUCGAUUGACACUGCCGACUUUAGCACAAGUCUUGGCGACUCUAUCAGUGCAAUGCUCACAGACCUUGAGAAGAAACAUGGAUAUGAGUUGGUUUCUCGAUCAAUGUCCUAUUUAGUUGGAUCGGUUACAGGACUAAGUGAUAGUGAAAUGGAAGAUUUACUGUCGCUGGAUGAUCAUGUGAUGAGUGUAAUUUACUCAAAUCACAAACCUUCUCUGUGGAGGAUUCCUCACAACAAAUGGCUGCGACUGAAGGAUGAAAUUGAUCGUUAUUUCGUCCAGCGUGAGGUGGAUGGUGUGACAGUUUAUCGGUGGAAAGAUGAGCAGUUUAAUCAAAUCAUCAGGGAAAGAUACCUGAACGACGAAUCAAAGACUAAAGAGAUAUAUUCUUUAAUUGCGGACUACUACCUUGGAAUCUGGCAUGGAAAACCCAAACCACUAUCGACUGCUGAAGACAACGGAAAAUCUCCAGCAUUUGAUCGGCACGUCCCAUCGCAACCACUUACUUUUGACAACGAUGGACAGGUUCGAUUCAAUAGGAGAAAAUAUGACCAAGUUCCCCGUCAUCUGUACAACGCAGAACGACUAGAUGAACUUAACCGCUUGGUCUUGUUCAACUACGAAUGGAUCUACAACAAAAUCAAAGCUUUAUCACUGCAACACAUAAUAGCAGACUUUGCCUUAAAUCCCAGUAAUGAAGCCUCGCUUGUUGAGGAGGCUUUACGAGUCGCCGAACAGGUAAUCGAAAAAGACAUUGACAACAUGGCCUCAGAAAUAUCAGGACAUCUCCUGCCUUACUACCAGACUCAUCCAAAUAUCCGCGCUUUGGUUCAUCAGUGUGAUACUGCAGGACUGAAGCAAUGUGCAUUGAUACCAAAUUUCCCUUAUCUUCAAAUUCCAGGAAGUUCUUUACAGUUUGCUCUAAAAUGUGGCGCACCAAUGGAAUAUUUCAGCUUAAUUGGAGAUGAACGUUUCCUUCUUACCAAAGAACGCGAAAGCUCUUUUGUGCACAUUUUUGACGUUGUGCUCGGAGAGAAAAAAUCUAGUGUAUUUGCUUCGAAUGGUGCUCUAUAUGUGACCCCAAAUGGUAGAUAUUUUAUCAUUAUUGACCAUGUCACAGAAAAAUCUGUAAAAAUCCACAACGCUGAGACUGGAGCCUAUGUUGGACAACUGAUUGUAUUGAAUCAUAUUGAUCUAAAACCGAAAGAGAAAUACAAGUUGGGCUCUAUUUGUCUCACGAAUGACCGAAUUUGUGCCAUUGUCAGCACUGAUGUCAGCUAUUUAUGUAUUGCUAGCAUCGAAUCCUGUCAGUUCCUACAAAUAAUUGGACUCGAUGGAAAAUGUGACGUCUGUACCAUAUCUCACGAUGGAAAGUACGUAUUCUGCAAUUCCAACGAGUUUUUAUUCACUUACAACUUGUACACAUUAGAGCUUGUGGCAACCUUUUCAAUCGGGUUUCGACCAAGUUGCAUAGUUGUUAGCAAAGAUUGUAUGAGAGCGUACUUGACAAAUAACUUCGAAACAAAGCUUAUGAUACUUCAUCUAAAUCAAGGCAAAGUGGAAAUGGCAUACAAAAGUGUCCUCGACAAAUAUAUGGCCGACGAUACAAUCAUGGAUCUGCGUAUUUCUCCAAAGGACGAUAUGGUUCUUGUCCGCGGACUUAACAAUAUCUUGGUGUACAACAGGGCCAACGAGCGAGUGAUAGCUUCGUUUACAAGGCCAGUGGAUAUUCCAAAAGAAUUCAAAUUGCCUAGGAGCCACUACACUGAUUUGGUCUUCACAAAUGCAGAAUUUACUCACAGUGGUAAAUUUGUCAUUGCUACAAUUUUCAGAAAUAUCUACCUAUGGGAAGUAACCACCAAUGAACUGGUUACCACUAUUCAAGCCCCAGUGGGAAUUAUAAAAGAAAUGAUUUACUCUCCUAAACGCAGCCAUCUUAUCACGCAUAUCGAACACUGCCACGAGUUCCAGGUUUGGAAUUUGGACGAGGCUGUAAAACCAAUGAAUAUGCUGGAUAAGUUGACAGGUGCAAUCGCAGAUAUACAGCUCACGCAGGACGGAGAGACAGCUUACGUAACGUGCAAAUGCAGUGACGAAAUAGGUGUCAUAGAAAUGAAAACCGGAAUAAUGGUGGAUCUCCUCACCCAUGACAGCCCCGUUGUCGACUUUGCUAUAACCCCCAGCGGUGGUUACGCUCUCGUGUCCCUAGAACCGAGGAAAAAAGACAUCAGUACCAAACUAUGGAAUCUGAAAGAACGUCAAGUCAUCAAAGAGUUCGGGAACGCGUCUGGAUACUGCAUCUCACCACAUCAGAAUGAUUUCAUCCUGUUUGUGUCUCAGCAAGAAGUUGCAUUUAAAGCCCCCUUUUUCAUAACCAUGUUCCAAAUCAGUGAUGAGGAAGUAAGCGAGUUCACUCAUCCGUUAGCUCUACGGUUCGUCUUGGAGAAACCAUUUUUGACCAGCAAUGACAAAUACCUGGUUGUUCUGACCGCUCACGAAUAUCACGAGUCGCGGGCUGAAUACGAAACUCCCACCAUUUGUACAUUUUCUAUGGACGAAGAAAUGAAAGUAUCUUACUUCACUCCUGAUAGUUUUCGUGAUUCGAUUUUAAUAGAGACUAUUGUAGAUAUGCAGCCGUGCUUAGACAAUCCUUACACGAUUGCUGUUAUGUACAAGUCGAAAGAAAUGGUGGACUACAACGACAACAGUCCGUUUGGUGGACUUGGUGGCGGUGCAAGGUAUGGAUUCAUGAUUCUCGACAUUUGCAGUGGUUCGGUUGUUACGAUUUGCGAUCCGUUUUUAGUACCAAGCUUCCAGCUGAAACGCAAAUUACUUUUUGACAUAAGUUAUUCCUUCUGCCUUGACGACGAAUCAAACAUCUUCGACUUACGCGAGGGAUGUUACGUGGGACAAUUACAGAAACAAAACUCGCCCCCUCGAGCCAUUGCCUUGAAUGGAACUGUGGUGGUGUACUAUGACAGAAGUGUUUUAUCAGCAUACCGUCUUUCUUCCGGUGAACCAAUCGCAAGCUGUGAUGUACAUUCAAACAUCUGCAGUCUAAGAUUAAGCCGAGAUCAGAGAACCUUAGUUGUUGGGUGUGAAGACGGUUCUAUUGCUUCAUACGUCUUGAUCGACCCAAAAGCGGAAGAUCCAAACUCUGUACUGGAACAUCUAGGAAGUCGACAGUUAAUGGAACCUCAGCCUACUUCCGGCCGUCGCAGUUCCAUACCAUGGGACAAGAUUGAAGAUGGCGGAAGUGCUCCUCAGUCUAGACCGGUAUCUGCAGUUGCGCAUGACAAAACAGACAAGAUCCUUCUAAAGCAGAUCGAACCAGUCCCUGCUAUUAGACCCAGCUCUGAUACCCUGAUGUACCUUAAUGCAAAUUCCAAAACAUGUGCAUUGAUGUGAAAAAUUGAUAGACGAGCAGACGUGUUUGAUUUUUUAAGAAAAAAGUACUUUAGAUUAGAGCAUAGCGAUAGUUGACGGUAGUUAGUUUAGGAUAAUUUAAUAAUUAAAUUGCCAAAAACAAGCAUCUGUGAUCUAUGUUAAUAUACAAUACAGUAAACGUAAUGUGUCUUGUUUGUUACAUGUACAGUUCGUUAUAUCGUAUAUAGUUCAUGUUUUUGUAUUGAGGUUUAUAUUUCGGCUAUACGUGGUUCAUAUCGUAGCAGUUAUUAGGCAUUUAUUUAAGAUUAAAUAAAUUUAACUAUAAACUUG